AUGCUCAAAGGCGAGAACGCGGUUGUUAGCAACAGUGGUGCUGACAAGGAGAUCGCCGGAGCUGAUACAGAAGCGGUUGCACCGACCGUGGAUACUGUGCAACAGUCAUCUGGUCAGAUCGAGCUAUCAGACGAAGAUGUCGUCGUUGGCGCGUUCCAGCGAGUGCUGUCGGAAACUGAAUCCGAAGGACACAUCCAUCUUUCGGACAACGAGAGCAAGCACGAUGAUUCAGAACACGUGGAUACGUCUCUACCCGCUGUUCACGUUAGAGCGGACGAUGUGAAUGUGCUACAAGAAGGUGGACACUCCGAUGACUUCGAGUGUAUGGACUCCAGCAACAGCGAUGAUGGCGAUGAUGACUGUGAGGAAGAUGAUGUGGUAGAGCGCAGGGAACAUGUUGAAGGCGAUGAACUUCCGGAUGAUGAGCUGAAACUAGUUGACGAAGCAUUCGUAGCCUCGCUUGGUGGAAGUCUGCCUAUUGCCAACAUCGACAAGGAUGCCUUGCGCCUGACGUAG